AGAGCUCUUGAAAGACUUGUUGGGGAGUAGCGUUGCCUCCAUGCUCCGCAUGCGCGUGCGCCUUCUUGUAAAUGUCACGCUGCUCGUAAUUCACACAUCUCAUGAAAAGCGCGUGAAAGUUUCUCGAGCCGCUGGUGUCGUAACAACGGAAAAUAUUUUUACCCAUGCACGUAGAGCUUGUCCUGGGAACUCGGUUUGCACCAUCCCAUGGAAAGGAAAGCGACGCCCCACCUUAACCACACCCACUGACUGACUCCCCGGUCCCAGCAUGGCUACGAUACGAUCUCCUAGACACACAGCCCUUUUGCACGCCAGCCACAGUACUGCUCCCUCUUUCUCUGUGCCUGCUGCCGCUGCCGCUACUGCUCGCAGCCGGCGUGCGCGCGCAGGCUCAGCUCGAAGAAGUCGCCGCCUUCUCUCCCCUCCUCCUCACAUUUUAGAGGGAGAGAGAGAGAGGCAGAAGCGCCAUUUCCUCUCUUGGCACAGCCGCGCGCGCGAGGACCAACGAGCGGGGAUUCUUGGAUGCGACAAGCCGAGCGAGCGAGCGGGCUUCCCUGAUCAGAGCAGGCCGCCUCCCUCGCUCCUCUCUCCCAUAGCCAUAGGAGGGAGGACCGCAGGCACAAGAGGAAUCAGUCAGUCGUCUUCUCCGCCGCGCCUUCCUUCACGAGAAGAAGAGCUCCCCAAGGAAGGAGGAAAGGAGAAGGGAGGCCUCACGGGAUUCAUCAGGCUUCGCUCAAGAGCUGAUGUGCUUUGGGAGCUACGGCAAUGGCUUCGCUUGUGCCCGGGGUCCUCCUCAAGCUCCUUCAGCACAUGAACAGCGACGUCAAAGUCGCGGGCGAGCACCGGUCGUCCCUUCUUCAGGUCGUCAGCAUUGUUCCGGCGCUUGCUGGCAGCGAUCUCUUCACCAACCAGGGGUUCUACCUCAAGGUGUCUGAUUCCUCGCACGCGACCUACGUUUCCCUGCCGGAGGACCAGCAUGACCUCAUAUUGAGCGACACAAUUCAGCUGGGGCAGUUCAUCCAUGUAGACCGUCUUGAGGCCGCCACCCCGGUGCCUAUCUUGAGGGGAGUCAGGCCGGUUCCAGGCCGACAUGCGUGCGUCGGCACUCCCGAAGACCUUGUCAUGACUAGUUCCUCCAAGUUUCUUGGCGAAAAAAAGGCACAACCACCCGCCAACGGUUCCAAGGAUGCAGGGGCCUUGUCACUGGAGAAAGAGCAGAGCAAGUUGGAGAAACUAAAUGCUUCUGUGAAGAACAACGGGACAGAAACCAAGAAACCGCAGCUGACCAAGUCGAAUUCUUCGCUUUCGAAGCAAGCGCUGGCCAGUCUUUUCGACAAGAAGGAAGUGGUUAGCUCAAAGGUGAAGUCAAACAAUCCUAGGUCGACACCUUCAUCUCCUACCAGCGUACAUUCUCUACCUGCAUCAUUUGAAAGAUUCUCAAAUGGCAUGAAGCAGAGAACAAAAGUGAAAGGAGCAGACAAGUCAUCGCCAUCAAAGUUAUCCUUGUUAGAAAAAGCAGCUUCUGUGUUGAAGGUUACUACAGCAGGGAGGAAGUCCUCUGCAGGCAACUCCCUUAGUAACACUCUGUUAAGUCUUGAAUCGGGACCAAAGGCGUUGAGAAGAAGCUGGGAAGGGAAGGCAGAUGCAAACGUCAAGGCCAAUUCAGAUUCAAAGGGAGCCAAAGCUGACAGGAAGUCUGAGAUUAGAAGCACAUCGACUCCUAGACGAAGACCGCCACCACCAGCAGAUGAGAAGCCCUCACACAAGGAUGAUACUAAGAUUCUGACUCCUCCAAGGAAGAGCACAGCAAGUGCUCCAUCAGAUGAUUCUGACCGACCGGUGAAUAAGCAUCUUUCUCCUAUAAGAAGGACAUCUGGGGUUUUAAGUAACACCAACAUUACAAAUUUAAUGAAGAUUGCUGCAAAUAGCAAAAAAUUGACGGACGCGAGCACUUCAUGGACGGCACUUCCUCCAUCACUUGCUAAAUUAGGAAAGGAGCUUCUCAAAUACAGGGAUGCCGCACAAAUGGCUGCGGUUGAAGCCAUGCAAGAAGCUUCUGCUGCAGAGAGCUUACUUCGAUGUUUAAGCUCGUAUGCCGAGGUGAGCUCGACGGCAGAGGAGCAGAACCCGCAGCUUGCCGUGGAGCAGUUCCUCGCUCUGCACUCAGCCAUGUCGCGUGCCACCGUCGUCGCUGACUCGCUUGCCAAGGCUGCCGCAGCGACCUCUACAGCGACUUCACCGGACCAGUCAACAGCGGGCGAAGCCGCGAGCAUCGACGAGGAAUCCCUUGCCGUUGCAGCGGAGCGCCGCCGCCGCGCAGCAUCCUGGGUGGGCGCCGGUCUCGCCACUGACCUCUCCGCCUUCUCCCUCUACAACCUCAGGCCGGCCCCCGCCAACACGUCCUCGCCGCUGGCCGUCGUGCUCGUCGACGAGUCGGUGAAGCCGGCCGCGACCACGAAGGCAUCGCCACCAGCGAAGUCGCGGCUGUCGCCCGCGAAGGGGAAGGGGAGGCCGGUCCAUGUCGUGGCGGCGGCGGCGGCGACGGCCGCCCCUCCGCCGGAGUGGGAGAGGGGAGGCGGCGCGGAGGAGAGGGGCGAGCUCGCGAGGCGGCUCGGUGAGGAGGCAAGGCGGUGGUUCCUGGAGUUCGUAGAGCGGUUCCUUGACGCCGACGUGGCGGCAGCUGCGCCAUGGGACCGCGACCGUGCGGCCAGGAUGCUCCCGCAGCUGAAGCGCGUCAACGACUGGCUCAGCGAGAUCGGGAACCCGCCCCCGGUGGAACCUCCGCCCCACGACGCGGGCGACGAGGAGGUCGGCGCCGCAGCGCCCGCCACUGCAUCCAACGGUGUGCCCGAGCAGACGAUAGAACGGCUGAGGAAGAAGAUCUACGAGUACCUCCUCACCAACGUCGACUCGGCCGCCGCCGUGCUCGGCGAGACGUCGCCGGCGGCAAUCGGGAGGAAGGGGUGACCUGGGCUGUGUACAUUUCGUGGUGGCACUAAGGAGGUUUCGUUGGGCCGGGCUUUUUGGAAGCUAAGUUAUUUUUCGUUGGGGCAAGAAGUGUGACCCACUUUUUCUCAAAGAAAAAUAUCUGGCCUAUUUUAUUGCGAUUUUUUUAUAUCUUUGCCUUUUUGUUUUUAAAAGUACACAAGAGAAAAAAAAGUGGAGAAAGUGGUGGUAAAUGGCAAGGUGUUUUUUCAUUCGUGAAGGCAUAUGAACGUUUGUGUCAUGAAAA